AUGCUGCACCUCGCAGUAGAAAAUGUUAAAGAAAAUAGGAUGUCCUCUAGAACAGCCGAAAAAACAUUUGGUAUACCUAGGCGUACCAUCCUAAACAAAGUGAAAGAGUGCCAUAACAAAAAUGUUGGAACUCCUACUCGACUCUCUUUCCAAGAGGAAAAGAGUAUUGAUCAAGCAUUGAUUGCAGCCGGCGAAUAUGGUUGCCCACUAACGAAGCUUGAUUUACGUUUGACUGUUUUUGAAUAUCUGAAGAAAAAUAAUCGUGAAAUUUUAUUUCAUGGAAAACCACCAGGCAAAGACUGGGUUACAAGUUUUCUUGAUCGGCAUGCAGGUGAACUUUCUGUUAGAAGUACGCAAAAUAUUAAAACAGCGCGAGCUCAAAAAAGCGCGAAGGAUUUCUUAGAAUAUUUUCAGAAUUUAGAAGAAACUAUAAGAGAUGUUCCUCCAUCUAAUAUUUUAAAUCUAGAUGAAACUAACCUAAACGACGACCCAGGUUCUUCUAAGUGCAUAUUUCGCAGGGGUGUAAAAUAUCCUGAGCGAGUCCUUAACUCCUCAAAAGGCGCCAUUUCGCUAAUGUUUUCUGCGGCAGCCAACGGUACUAGUCUAUCUCCUUAUGUGGUAUAUAAGGCAGACAAUUUAUAUUCGGAAUGGAUUCAAGGAGGCCCUCGUGGUGCAAGAUACAACCGAACAUCAUCCGGAUGGUUUGAUUCCACAAUAUUUGAAGAUUAUUUUAAAAAUGUUGUAUUGACAUGGGCAGGGAGUUUGAGUGGUAAAAAAGUAGUCAUAUGUGACAACUUGUCCAGUCACUUAAGUUUAGGCGUCAUUGAGUUAUGUCAGGAUCACAACAUUUCUUUUGUGUUUAUUCCUCCUAAUUCUACACAUCUCACCCGACCCCUUGAUGUGGCUUUUUUUGCGCCCCUUAAAAAAGCCUGGCGCAAGAUCUUAUUACAGUAUAAAAUGGAAAACCCAAAUCAAACGGCAAUCAACAAAAACCACUUCCCAAAAUUGCUUACGCAAUUGAUUAAAACAAUUGAAAUGAACGAGGUACAAAACAUAAAAAGCGGCUUUAGAGCCACUGGGAUAUACCCUUUUAAUCCACGUGAAGUUUUGAAAAAAAUCCCAGAAUGUGCCGAAGAAAUGGGCAAUACUCAUAAUAUUGACAGUGCUUUAUUAGAAUAUUUAAAAACUACCAGACAAUCUAAACCAUUGACAUCAAAUAGAAACAGGAAAGUCGUGGUUGAACCUGGAAAAUCAGUUACAGUUGAUGAUAUUCAAAACCGCACUAAAGACACUAAGAAACGUUCCGCAAAAAACAAAUCUGCUGUAAUAAGAAGUACCGCUGUUCAAACAGCUAAAAACCAGAAAUAG